UAGUGGGUUGUGUUAUGGAGUUAAGUCAGUGGAAAUUUUGGAUCGUACAUCCAAAGUGCAAAUUAGUGUAAUGUCGAUAUUGGUCACUUCUUAUUCAAAGAAAGGAACGCAUCCAUCUGUUGUAAAGGUGCUGAGCUGGGAAUGAAAGAUGCUGCUGUCCCUGGGGAUGCUGAUGCUGUCCGCCACACAGAUCUACACCGUGUUCACCGUGCAGCUCUUUGCCUUCCUCAACCUUCUGCCUGUGGAGGCCGACAUCUCUGCGUACUCAUUUGAGAACAAGACUGAGAACUUUGAUGACUUGCCAGCAAGGUUUGGAUACAGAUUGCCCAGCGAGGGACUGAAGGGCUUCCUGAUUGGGGCCAGGCCCGAGAAUGCCUGCGAGCCCAUCGAGCCGCCCCCCUUGCAGGACAAUGUGACCGGAGCCUUCAUCGUGCUCAUCAAGCGCCUCGACUGCAACUUCGACGUCAAGGUUCUUAACGCCCAGAAAGCUGGAUACAAGGCUGCGAUUGUUCACAAUGUGGACUCUGAUGACUUAAUCAGCAUGGGAUCCAAUGACUUGGAUAUUUUGAAGCAAAUAGACAUUCCAUCAGUGUUUGUGGGUGAAGAGACAGCCAACUCCCUAAAGGAAGACUACACAUAUGAGAAAGGUGGUCACGUGAUCCUCAUGCCAGACUUCAGUCUGCCUCUGGAGUACUACCUGAUACCGUUUCUCAUCAUUGUCGGGAUCUGUCUCAUCCUCAUUGUUCUUUUCAUGAUCACCAAAUUUGUGCAGGACAGACACAGGGCCAGGAGAAGCCGCCUUCGCAAGGACCAGCUAAAGAAGCUCCCCAUUCAUAAGUACAAGAAAGGUGAUGUCUACGAUGUGUGCGCCAUUUGUCUUGAUGAGUACGAGGAGGGAGACAAGCUGCGGGUCCUGCCCUGCUCUCAUGCAUACCAUUGUAAGUGCGUGGACCCCUGGCUGACAAAGACGAAGAAGACAUGCCCCGUGUGCAAGCAGAAGGUGGUGCCAUCUCAGGGCGACUCAGAGUCUGAGUCGGACGAUGCCCAGAGCAGCCAUGAGGGAGAGAACGAGGAGGCGUCAGAGAACACACCCCUCCUACGCUCGCUGGCCUCCACCAGCGCCCACUCCUUCGGCACCAUGGCCGACUCGCCACCCAACCCUGAGCAGGACCAAGAGUCAUCCGAGUACGACGAGGACGACGUGGACAGCAGUGAGAGCGAGGAGGUCACCGUGGAGACGGUGGUGGUGCAGCUACAGCAGUCCUGCCCUGAAAACGAAGCAUCCAGCGCUUGAGUCUGCUGCCCUCAGAACAAAAUCAGCCGUGAAUUUCAAAACUGUCAGAUGAUUCGAGUGGGUUUUCCACUGUCAUGUUUUUCCCAAUGUGACUGCAGACUGCAAUUCUGGUGUAUUUCACAACCCUGAUGACUGAACAAAGAGCAUAUUCUCCGUAUCAGGUAAUCGGAGUAACCAUGUGUGGAGCUCUUCCAAAGACAGUGGUUUUAGAUGGGAAUGUUUUACAGGGAUGUGUACUUUGGAUGGCUGGUAUGAGCUAUGCUACCUAUAGUUGUAAUAAUCCAUGUACUGUGAAAGGUGGUGGUAAAGUACUGCCUCUGUGGUAAAAACAUGUCACUUUUGUAACACACCCAUCAUAAAUUAAGGUGGAGUGCAAUGUGUACAUAUGAUGUAUAGAUGGCAAUAUAAAUAUCUUCUAAGCAACAAAUACUUUCUUUAUAGCUUGCAUAUCUGUAAGCCUCUGUAUCAGAAGGUGGGGAAGCUUGUAGCAUCAAGAAAACUGUAUAUAGGACUGCUGCAUUUCUUAAAAUAUGCAGCAUUUUGUAAACUUUUACUGAUAUUUUUAAUGCAGGUGUAGAUAUAUGAACUAUAAAAUAUGAUUAUUGCCAGGAGGAUUGUGCCAAUCCAUCUGUGUCCUCCAAUUGGUGAGGAAUUUGCUUUUUCAGAAUGCAGUUUACUUUCUAAGUGAAUAUUCAUGUAUGCAGAUAAAAUACAGCUGAAUCAGUCUUAAUGAACACUGAAUCCAGGAGACAUAGGCACUUCAUUUGUAAAUUAAGCAGAGGGGUGGAGAAAUAUUUUCUAAGUUAUGUUAAUCGUAGCUUGUAUUAGUUUUCAGUUACACCAUUAGUUGUACUCCUAGUAACUUAAAAAUGGAACACAAAAAAUCCCAUGUGUCCAUUUCCUAGGUUUCCCUGGUUCAUAUGCAAGCGCAUUAUAUUAAUACUGUAAGUACAACAGGUGUUAUUAUUAGGUCCUAACAUGACUUAUACAUUGAAUUGUCUUGCCUUCUUUUGAAGUCAUGUGUAAGUAAUGUCUUGAUGUGCUCACCCGUCUUAAAGUCUAAAUUCAUUACAGUUCCAUAAUCAAAAUGUACCUUUUUCAGAUAUGACUGUGAUUAUGUUUUUAUCUUCAAAUAAUGCCGUUCAGUAUUGUCCUUUGUGAUUGAUUGCACUGGAUAUUCCAUUAACAUAAAUGACAUUCAGGAAGGGUCAAGAAAUCAAGAGUAGUUCUUUUUUUUUUAGAUUACCACCUAAUUUUGCUUUUUUGCUGUCUACUAUGCUCCUGAUUUCACAGAGGAAAUGUACAGAUACAAUGUUUUAACCCCACAAUGAA